UUCAACCCAGUGUUUUUGUUACGUGUUUGUUUGGUCUUUGUCCCGGUGCUUUUACACCGCACGGCGUAAUUUGGGCUAAAUAAAAAAACGAUUACGCAUUCCUGCUUCUAUCUCCCGAAUCAUUCAUGCCAACGUGACACAGGCGGUGCACCACAUCCAGAGAACCUGCAACAACAUUUUGCUCAUCCCCCUGACUACUGCUUUGAUGUUCUCCUCAGCUCUUUCUGCGAUUCCGUAAAUUCGAAGAUUCCAUCUCCGACCCUACCGGAGCUGAUCCUCCAGUGGCAGACAGAAUGAUGCUGCCCACUCCCUGUUACUCGACCACAGCUACUAACAGUAGGCGUGUCCCCCAGCUUAUCUGCUGCCAUAGAGAGUUCCAGAACACUCCAGAGGAGGACGACGAAACCUCUACCCCCUGCCCUGAUCUCCCCCCUGACCUCCACUCUGACCUCCGCCCCGACCUCCACCCCGACCUCCAACGUGACGAACCCAGCUCCAUGGCUGGCUCUGCCCUCAGCAGUCGGAGGGCGGGGCCCAGCUACACGCCGUAUCAGCCUCCUGUAGGCCUCCCAGUCGGGUACAGCCAGCCUACCCCGUUCCCCAGCCAGGCUGAUGGCUCCUGGCUUCACCCCAGCUACACCAGUGCCUGGUCUGGUCCUGGACCUGCUUACCCCAGCAGCCUGCCCUCCUGCCUCACCCCUCCGAACUACCCCAGCUACCCAGGGGAGAGCUGCUACUCCCGGGGAAGGUCCCUGUCCCUCACCCCCCUGCCGGGCCGUGACAGCCCUAGUAUGACCAGCCUGGAGCAGCCCCACUCCCUUCACUCCACCCCCCUCUCAGCAGGCUUCUACCACCACUCUCUGACUCCAUACACCUGCUGUGCCCAGUGCCCUGUGGAGGGCUUCAACAUGGGCCCCUACCACAGCCACCGGCCCAUCGCUGGUUACCGCCUACCCUCCAGGCCCAUGUAUAACUACAGACUGCCAGGUGUAGGCGACGUGCAAAGUGGCCACAUGAGUCCCCAUCCUAACCCUUGCAGUGCAUCACUCUCUGUGGAACAACCCUGCAGUGCCCCGCUCUCUGUGGAACAAAGAAGGGUGUUUGUGACGUACGAAGCCGACAGCGAUAAACACGUCAAACAGAUCAUCAACUUUGUGGCGUUGCUGAGACACAAUGGCUUCGAUACACACAUCGAUAUGUUUGAGCAGCAGUUCCGGAGCAUCAGUAAGAUCGACUUCAUGGAGCGGUACCUCAGCGAGAAGGAAUACCUCAUUAUCAUCAUCAUCAGUCCAAAGUACCAUGAGACUGUGACCUCAUCACCGGUCAGCUUAGAGAACGACGAGAGGAUCCUCAACACAGUCUACAUACACAAACAGCUGCAGAAUGAGUUCAUUCAGAACGGCAGUAAGAACUUCCGGUUCAUCCCUAUCCUGUUCCCUGGGGCUAGAAAGUGUCACGUCCCUACGUGGCUCCAGAACACUCAUGUCUACAGCUGGCCUAGGGACAGAGAUGACGUCCUACGUCGCCUGAUGAGAAUAGAGAAAUACAACCCUCCUCCUAUUGGGAAGCUACCGACCAUCGUCUCUAUCCCCAUCUAACAGCACAGCGCCCCCACUGGACUGGAGGACCGACAGCCGAUUUAAACCAUAAGGCUUCAGCCACACAAAGACUCAUAAAUAUGGAUUAAAUCAUAGUGUCUGUUUUUGUCUGUCGUAAAUUAAACUCAAGUCAACUAUUUUCGGACAAGUUGCAUCCAUAAAAAUACGAUGUUCUUUGAGACCAUCUCUGUGGUCCUUCAGUCAAUCUGUAAUUUUCAGACACAAAAUCUCUGUUUGGCAGUGACCUAACAGUCAGAAUGGACCUCUGCUCUGAAGACAUCCUCACCCUCCAGAUUAGAACCUGUUGCUGAUCUGGGACCAGUGAAAUACUUUACCUGGAUCUUUAUAGGAUUCAACCGGAGACAGAUCUUCUAUGAUUUGUUGUUAACACUGUUUUAUCUGCUGUUUUAUCUGCUGUGUUGAUCUACAGUCCUAGAAUACACAGAAGGACUGAACAUGUGAGGCACAGACCUCAAUCGUCUCUGCUUCAGUCACGGCAGCUUGUGACUGUCUCUGCCUUUUCAGCUGGAUGUGUUUGAACUGUUCUGUGAACUGACUGUUGUCCUGGAACACUGUGUGAUAACUUACAGUUGAAGUCGGAAGUUUCCAUACACCUUAGCCAAAUACAUUUAUACUCCGUUUUUCACAAUUCCUGACAUUAAAUCCUCAUAAAUAUU